AGCGCUCAUGACGACAGCGGGUGUGCGUUAUAAGCACUAAGCCUGUUUGUGUAACUUGAACGCAUCAGCUUGUUUUGAUUCAGAAAGUCUCUUUCACUCUCCGUUUGGACGUCUCCGUGAAUAUGGCGAUUUUUUGGAGAAUUACUCACAUACUUGUGUUUGCACACUUUGUUGUGUCUCAAAAACAUAACCAGUGUGGUGAACCAACAAAAUAUGAGGGCAGGCAGCUGGACAAAAGAUAUCUUAACAGAUCACAGUUCAGCAACAACGAAAAGGUGGCGUAUAACUGCUAUCCGGGUUAUGCACAGACAUACGGUAGCCGAAUUACGUUCUGUAAGGACGGACACUGGACACCCUUGACCAUGAUAUGUAAAAAGAAAACGUGCAGCCCGCUGGCUGACAUAGAGAAUGGACAAUACCUCCAAGAAGGACAGUCAUUCCUUGAUAAAGCCACUGCUGUGUGUAAUGCAGGAUAUGUUUUGAGAGGAGAUAAAGUCCGUGUGUGUGAGGACAAAGGCUGGACUGGGAUGAGCCCGACCUGUGAGGUGGUGAAGUGUCCAGUGAUAAACAUCAGCAAUGGAAAGGUCACCCCAGAAAGGGUUGUUUUCAGAACAGUUGUCCAAAUCACCUGCUCUCCUAAAUUUAAGCUGAAUGGAGCACAACAACUGCGUUGUGCAGCAAACGGCACCUGGACACCAGAUGUUCCCAAGUGUGAGCCCGUGUCAGUGGUCACCUGUUCAGCACCUGCUGUGGCAAACGGAGGUAUAUAUUAUGGAUCCAGGACAUCGUACAAACCUGAAGACACAGUGACCAUCACUUGUAAGGAAGGCUUUGAUCUGAUUGGCUCAACACAGGUCAUAUGUGGGCCAGAUGGCCAAUGGCAGGCAUUGCCUGAGUGUCGCUUAAAGGAGAUUUCAGAUACCAGUAAAUGUGGUCCACCCCAGUCUACUGACCUCGCCCACCCCAGAGAGGAGUAUUACGGAAAAGAAUUCAAAUCUGGUGAUCGAGUUCGUUACAAAUGCACUGUCGGACACCGUUGGUCAGCAGGGCAAGCCAGUAUAUACUGUAAAGAUGGACGAUGGACUGAACUUCAGAUCCAAUGUGAACGGAAAAAAUGUGGUUCUGCUGGAGAGAUUUCCUAUGGCCGCUUUGAAUACACCGGCGUGUCAUUCGGAGAUUCGGCUAAAGCUGUCUGUCAAGAAGGGUAUGAGCUGAUUGGUCCAGCUGUGAGGUACUGCCUGGAUGGAGGCUGGAACGGAAGGAUCCCUGUGUGUGAACCUGUUCACUGCCCUCCGCCCCCAGUGGUCAAAGAUGCCGACAUGUUUGACCCCACAUAUGACUACGUUCCCUUCGGUUACGCACUGUCCUAUCGCUGCCGUACUGGCGCUCUGAUUGGUGAAAGGGACAUACACUGCACCCAGAAUGGUACCUGGAGCGCCCCUCCUCCUAAAUGUAAAGAUGUCUUCUGCCCUGUCCCAAAAGUUCCAAAUGGAUCCAGAAUGAUGGGCUUUAGGUCUGUCUAUAGAUUCGGGAACACCGUCAUGUUCACCUGCAGUCCUGGUUAUAAGCUUAAAGGAGAAAAUUACAUCGCCUGUGGACAAGAUGGAGAGUGGAAACCAAACCUCCCGCAAUGUGUGAACACUGGCAGACAUCAUUUUAAACGCCACAGUCACCGGGUCUCCACCAACAUGUAGUGACAUCAUGCAAACACUGGGGUGUCCAGAACAGAAGUUUGCACACUGAGUGAUGGCACUCAUAUGGCUUUCUCUGGCUCCAUAAGAAUCCUAAUGAAGGACUUUUCAAAUUACUGCAUUUCAUUAAAUUAAAUAUAAGCAGAAUACUUA